CCACUGCGACCACCUCUUGACGGCACGGAAUUCUCGAAUUCUUCAACCCGAGCAACAUCAUGACAGACCUCCCGCCCAUUGACAUGGCAAUCGCCUGCCCAAAGCCUCGUUUCGCCGGGGACGUCGAGCCUGUUCGCAUGUCACGCAUGGCGUUGCAGCACCUGGCGCGCCACGACGGUAGCCACGACUACCCUUACUCCUGGGGCUACACCAUCUUCCGCACCAUCUACGCACCGGGCUCCGACGAGGCCGUCACGAGGGCCGUCGAGCGCCUGGCCGUUUACGCAAAGAACUUUACCCAAAAUGAGCACGCCCGUCCGAGGGUGGGCGCGGGUGCGUUCGACACCCGCCCGAACGAGGAGCUCUGGAGCCGCUACCGCUGCGAGGUGGUACAGGACGAGACCCUUGCCGACGCGAGCGAGAGCGAAGUCGGGGAGCGGUUCGAUGCCUGGAUUAGGGAACACCGCCGUCCCGUUGUCACCGGCACGCGCCCUGAGCCGAAUGCCAGGUUUCUCUUCUGCUUGAUGCUCGAUGAGGAGAGCCUCGAGAACAUCCUCGCGCUUCCGGAGGAUCCCCGCGCCCCAGCCAACUACGGUGCCUCUGACGAGAACGAGGGUGAGAGCUGGGUCAAGGUCAUCUCGGACAGGAUGAGGUCGGAAGAGGAGGGAGGCGGCGGCAGGUGGUGGCUGCGAGUGGGCAUUACGGACUACCUUUGGCCCAUGUGGUUCUUCCCCUUUGACCCGGACGCCAUGCUCGAGGAGAUGGGUUGGAUGGAUGCAGAGGACGGAGUUCAAAACCUCUGGGGCAGGCCUGAGGAAUGGUUCAAUGAGAUGAUGGCAGCUCGUUCCGGAUGAUGGAUGAUGAUGUGCUUGCUAUAUACAUGGACUUUCUCCACAAGACACAGCCCCCCCAACCACAAUCACGUAUUCUAGGUAUCCAAAUCAUCUCUAC